AUGAAACUCGCUAGCCUAAGUUUUUGCUUCUCGAAUUAUCGAGCCAUCAGAGAACUCACAUCCUCAACUAUUUUCAGCGAUACCUCUUUCAGAAAAAUUUCUCCUAGAGCAGGUGAUCACUCUCCCACUCAGCUUGAAAUAGAGCCGGAUUCUGAAAUGGAAUUAAACUCUACAAGCAUUGCAAAAGAUGUUCAUAAGCACUCAAAAAGCUUUAAUUUUCAAUUCAAUUCACAAAAUACACUUAAAAUAACAAGACAAAAUCUCGAAAGGAUUAAAAUUUUCUUUGUGAAAAAUAAACCAGAUAGCGAGGCCGAAAAAAACAGUUUUCUUUUACUAAAGAAAAAUUGCCAAAAUUUAAUUUCUAUGAUUGAUAACAAUCAUCUAGAAGAUCUCGAUAAUAUUGAGCAUACUAUUGAUAAUGCAAUAUUAGAAUCUUCGCUCUCUUUAAGAGUCCAAGCCAAAAAAUUAAAAACAAUCUGCCAAGAAUUUCGGACGAUUUUUGCUGGAGACAAAGUGAAGCAAAAACAAAGAGAAAUCAGCAAGACAAGACCUCCAACCCGAAAAAGCAGAAAUAAAGAGCUUUCAGUCGGAAUUACUUUAGAGAGCGAUAGCGAAGAAGCUAUAAUAGAAAAAGACAUUCUUGAAGAGUCUACAAACAAUGAUGAAGACUCUGAUAACGCUGAGAAGCAGAGAAUUUUCUACUCCCAAGUGAUUAAAUUAAAUUAAGAGUCUUAAUGUCUUCCAGAUUGAUGCCUCAUAUGCUUUCGACCAACGCCAACCUGCUUGCCUGUAGGAAAUUCAGUCACUAUUUGGAACAGUGAUCUUCUCUAAGCAGGGUUUGCACUGUGCUACCCAAGAGUCUCGACGAGUUAGGAAGACGGUCAUUAUGCCAUCGGAUGCCAUGGAGGUAAAGUUUAGCCUGAUUCCUCCCUGUCGGCUACCCUUUGAGAGAGGUGACACUCAGAAAAAAAGAACUACGGCCCUCCGAACCGAUAGGAAAAGAAUCCGUUGCCCAAAAUCAUCCGGAUAACUAAUACCUGGACUGGAAUGGCCACCAGCCGACUCCCAAGAUCACCCACCCCAACGGCCGCCAUACAACAAAUCUAGGGUUAGAAUCAAAGGGUCUGAACUUUGGUUUAGGCUAUAAAGUCAUUUAAGCGCCAAAGUGGCGCGUCUUCAGCAAGGACAUAUUUUGUCUCCACAACCAUAUUAAUUAUCCAAGUGAUUAAGGCUAAGCUAAAAUUUGACGCGACAGAUCCGUGUCAGAAAAUAUCUAUUCCACAUCUGUAUAAUAAAUCCAAGAAAAAUAAGAUUAAAGAAGAGCAAUGGAAAGAGUUCAUAGAAGAAGAACUGAAAUCUCCGUAUAUAUUGCCAAGUAUGCAGACGCCAAAAGUCAUGAAAAGAUCGAAGUCAAAUGCUUCGAAAGUCUUAAAUUUAUAA